AUUAUUGAUGAGUUUAUCAAGCAAAGACAAGAGACGGAAUGGUUUGUAGAAGGUGAUUUCGACACUUAUGUGAAACAAAGAAGGAAGCCACAUAUAUGGGGAGAUGAACCAGAACUGUUCAUGGCAUCCCAUGUUCUGAAGAUGCCCAUCAGCGUAUAUAUGUACGAUGCGGAUGCCAGUGGACUAAUCUCGAUUGCAGAAUAUGGUCAAGAAUAUGGCAAGGACAUCCCAAUUAGGGUUCUUUACUAUGGUUCCUGUCAUUAUGAUGCAUUACAAAUUCCUGGAAGGAAGCAUGGUAAAUGUAGGUUGUAG